CUAGAAUAAAAGCCGGAAGUAAGCUAUGAAGGUUACCACUGUCGAAAAGAAAUUCAACAUUUUACCGAAUCGGACAGAAAGCACCUUAGUUUAAAUGGCAGCAGCACAAGGAACAUACAACCCCUUACUUUCCAAAAAGAUGCCAAGAGAAUACAAGCGACAGUUAAGUAAAGAUGACAUAGGCAACCAAGCUAGAGUAUUGUUGAACCACUUCAUCCACGACAGAAUAUCUCGUGAACAAGGAGAGGAACAAGUGCCAUCUACCGAGGAACUUCAAGAACCAGGUACCCCAACAGGUCCACCAUUAGAACACAUUCAAGAAAUAGGACGAGCAUUACGAUGUAUAGGAGAUGAAUUAGACAAAAAUGAAAACAUUCAGAGUUUAUGUUCACAAGUUUCUCCAGAAGCAACAACAGAUACAUUCCUAACAGUGGCUAAGAGUUUUUUCUCCGAUGGAGUUUAUAACUGGGGACGUGUAGGCAGUCUAUUUUAUUUUGCCUAUAAAAUGGUAGUCAAGGCCUUGAAUAAAAUUGCAUUAAUAAGAGCAAUAAUAAAUUGGGUGGUGAACUUUAUAACAGAUUAUGUAGCCCCCUGGAUAAUAGAACGAGGUGGUUGGGAAGCCAUUGAAGAAUAUUUUGGAACACCAAAAAACCAGAUGAUGUUUGUUUUAGGACUUGGGGCAUUAACUGUUGUAGGAGUAUAUAUAUAUAAAACUUGGAACUGAUUGCUGUAGGCAUCAUAAAUUUUUAGCUUCUGAUUUGUCAAUAACAAAUUUUAGGCAACUAUUUUAAAUGAUAAGUCUGACAACCAUGAGAACUAUUGUAUAUUUCAUAAUUAUGACGAUGAACUGGUACCAUUCAUUUUAUAUUAGACUGGUACCAUGCAUGAGAGUACAAGACCAUAGUCAGCACUUUCUUGAUAAAUUUGUUAUUGAUAAGAUUUUAAUUGUUCAUAAGUCAAAGUCAAGGUCACCAUAACAUUGUAUAAUGACAAGUAACUGCAAUAACAGAAACAAAUCUUGCAGUAACAUGAAUUUAGGUAUAAAUACCCAAAACAGUGAAAAAUGUAAACAUGUUUUUGUUUUUUAAUAUAAAAACUAAUGUUUCUUGUUACUGUAUUUUUACAUUCUCCAUGUUGUCAAUUGUAGAUGAUCGCACACAUACAAGAAAUUUCAUUUGUAUUUGUAUAAAGAAGAAAAAAAUGAAUAUAAUACAAAAUUAGAAAAAAAAAGCAUUCAUGAAGUUCCUUUUAUCUUUAAAAUUUCAAUCUUCUAUCAUCAAAAUAAAAUGUUGCUGUAUGCUGGACACACAGCCUGACAUCAGAUUAUUGCAACUAUUUUUUAGACCUUUUGAUUGGUCCAAUUUCGUAAUUGGUAUUUGAAGUAAAUGAGUUUUAUAAUUUGUUUUGAUAAUACUGUUUUAAGAGAAAGAAACAGCACUAGAUUACCAUAAUUUUCCUGAAAUAUUUUUUUUAUUAAAAGUUGGUAAAAUUGUUUGUUUAAUAAAAAAAUUGUGGAAGUCAUCUAAAAUGAUUUUCAUCUGGGUUUGAAUUCAAUUUGUUUGUUUCAAAUUACAUCCCUUGGACUUAAAGCAAAGCUUCAGUUUUCAACCCCCUUUUGUUUUACUUUUUGAUAUAAAGUAAUUCUCUGGCAAGUGACUGUUCCAGUUUUCUACAUUUCACCAAAAAAUAAUCUUUCAAUAUAGACAACUGGUUAAUAUCAAACAGUAUCCAGAAUGUCAGUUUAUGUAAAACCAGUGUUUACCAUGUAAUGCAUUUUAUUUUUAUGAUUUGUCAUAGACUUACACAUUGUUCCACAUUAGUUGUUUUAAUUGGUGAAAACACAUUCAUAACCAAUAAUAAGGGACCAGUGGUCAACUGGUCAGUUUGGUUUUCUAGAUAGUCAGUACUGGAUUGUGACAUCCUUUUCAGCAUCUGUCCACCCCAUCAUUCUUACUUUGUAACAUUUACAGAUAAAAAUCCAUGGUAAUUACAUUUAAAAAAACCCAACUCAACAGUUGACAAGUACAAUCAUUGAUAUGACUAAAAUACAAUCUUAUAACUUUUCACAUUGAGACAAGUAUGCAGUCUUAUGCUUAUUUAUAUAUGAACACAUGCACCCCCAAUCAUACAGGAAAAUUGGUCUCAAAUGAGCCGAUUACAUUACUCAAUAGAGAAAUUGUGUAAAUUAGACGGGUUGAUUUACAAUAUCCAAUGGAAUAAUUCCCCAUCAGAAAGGGUGAUAAGUUUCCUUGCCUGAACACAUUAAUUUCCCGACAGUCAUGACAGUUACGCAAAGAUGCAGACAGUAAAGGUUUAUCUCAUUGAAAAAUUGAUCCUUUGAUUUUUUUCGAAAUACAGUGAAAUCCUUAUUGGUUGGACUGGAUGAUUUGUAAGUGUAAGGCUAGUUAGCAGUAAUACCAUGUUUAUUGUAAACCAAAGUUUAGUCAAUCUGGUUCUUAAUUGUUGCUACACAGAGAUCAAUCUAGCUUAUAUAGGUCAAAACACAAAUUAUUACACAAUCUAAGUUUUGCCUAAAAGUAAGGUUUCAUUGGUAAUAAAAAAGGAUCAAAUUAGUUUUCAUUAUUUAAGUCUUUUAAACGCCAGCCUACAUGCUAUUGAUUAAGGUAUGAAGCAUUUAUUCUACACAGUUAUAUACUUUUGAUUCAGUUAACUGACAAUUAAUGUUAUUCAUUUGUUUGGUGGAGGCAUGUUACUGACUUUUGGAAGGUAAUCUACUUAUAAGAGUCCUCUCAAACUGAACCAAUCUUAUGAGACCUUUUGCUUUCUUUAAGAAUAAUGGAAAAUACAAUAGGCCACCAACUAUCCCUGAAAUGUUUUACUUCACUACAUUAUAAAAUUUCUUAGCUAAAGGUCAUAAGUUAGAAAGUUACAAAAUGACCAAAAUGCACAUUGUUGCCCAAAUACAAAUCAAAAGUAUCUAAAAUAAGUUGAAAAAAGGUCUGUUAAUUAUUCAGACUGCAAUAACUUAAUAGAAUUACUACAGGACCAAGUCCACAGAGUAGGUGUAUAGUCACAAGUUUUAUUGUGUCAUUAGAAUUUAAAGAAAAAAUAUGGAGUAGAGUUCAUAGAACAAUGUAUUUGUAAUCAUUUGUCAAUGUAAACAAUAAAUUCAUCAAUUUUCA